AUGAGUGAUCAAUUCGAUUUCGAGGUCAGGGUGGGCCUGAUCAUCAUGUGCAUGGCAUCUGCUGCAUCAGCGCUCGCCGUCGGUGGUCUGUUGCUUUACAUCGCAUAUAGCGCAGGUACCAUCAAGCGAAAUGCCUCGCGACGGUGGUCCACCGACACGCAUAUACACUAUUAUUUUCUCAAUAUGAUGAUUUCUCACCUUAUCUUAUCUAUUGGUGAAUUGCUCAACAUCCAGUGGAUCGUAGACGCGAGGCUGUACCCCGGUACUGUUUGCACCGUUCAAGGUUUCUUGAUCCAGGUGGGUGAUGUUGGGGUUGCUCUUAGUACAAUGGCCAUCGCUAUGCACGUGCUGCAAGUAUUGGUGCUACAGCGGAAGUCCCCACCAAAGUUUGCGCUCCUUGUACUGGCAAUAAUUUGGCUGGUCACCCUUUUUCUGGUUGUCGUGCCGCCGAUCGUGGUUCAACACAACAUUUAUGGUACUAGUGACCAUUGGUGUUUCGUUGACGGAAGUACUACGAUGCAGGUUGGCCUCGUGUUUAUAUGGUUGUGGGUGACUGGGGUAGUGGACGUCAUCUCAUACUUGUUCCUUGCACUUGUUAUCACGCGACUAGUUCUUGUAGAUGGACGCAGGUUUCGAUGGAGGAGAAAGCAGGACUCGAGAAUAAUUCCAUAUGGAGUGGGGACGUCUGCAGAGAGUGCCAGAGCAAUUCAAAUCCUCUCUUACCCGCUCUUGUACAUUGUACAAGUGUUACCUCACUCAGUAGCUCGUUUUCUUCAAUUCAGCGGUCAUGACGUUCCGUUUGCAGUGACAGCUUUCACCUCCACGUUGUUCGCAUCGUGUGGUCUGUUCAACACGAUCUUGUAUGCUUUUACUCGUCCGGGGUUGAUGCCAGGCAGACCUUCGUACGUUCCACAGUCCGUGCAUGUUGCUACUGCGCGGGUGGCGCACAAUCGCUUUGCACAGGGUUACAUGGUGGAGGAUGACAGCUUUGUUACGGAGACUGGCCCGGUCCAGGCGCCAUGAGAUGGCAGAUUUUCUUCAGUCUCCAGGGUCUGCGUGAAUAUAGCCAAUUAUCG